CCGGCGUGCGGUGUUACUCUUCGUUUGCGGUGUGCGUGCUUGUGUGUGUAUGUGAUCGCUAAAGGUGUCUUCGUGCGCUUGUCCCAUACGUGAUAUAGGCGUUUGUACGUGUGGAAUGGCGCGUGCACAUGCCGUAGUUGUGCGUGUUUAGGCGUGAGAGCUUGCCGUUGUGUAUCGUAGGAGAGAGCGGGAGAGAGAGAGCAUCCGGCCGACCUCUGCCGAACCGGAUCGAGACGCUGCGUUGUUUAUCUCUGAGUGUGACUGCGACAAUCUUCCGCGACUGUCAUGGCGGACGGCCAGGUCGAGGACCAUGGCAUCAUGUCGAACAGCGACGGAAUCGACAUCAACAACGUCCCGAUGACGGCAGAUGACGAGGACGGUAACCACGACAACGGCGUCGUCAAUGGCAAUGGCACUCACACCGACGCGUGCGGUGAGGGAUGUGUCAUACCCUACAGCGCUGUGCAUCGUAAGCCCAGGUCGUUGAAAUCUGUCAAACAAGAGGUGUGGAUACCAGGUGUGCCAAUCAACGUGAGUGUAGUGGAGGCCAUCAGACAGCCGACUACGGACAUAUUCAAUCCAAAUAUCUAUGUCGUUCAGCUGGAGCAUGGCGGCUACAAGUGGGAGAUCCGACGACGCUACAAGCACUUCCAGAGCCUCCACACCCACCUCAUGCUCUACAAGGCUAACGUCGUGCUGGGAAGCAUCGCCAAGAUGGGGGCUCAGGAGCGGCGGCCCGCCACCGAGGACUCGCUGCCCAACUUCCCGAAGCAGAUCGAUCGCGUCGUCUCGCCGAACAAGAUUGAGGAGCGAAAGAUGCAGCUGCAGACCUACCUGCAGGGGGCGCUGGCAUCGCAGCUGUAUCGGAACCACCCUCACACGCUGGAGUUUCUGGAAGUGAGUCACCUGUCGUUCAUCCAUGAGCUGGGCAGUAAGCUGAAGGAGGGCUUCCUACGUAAGCGUGGUGGAGGACAUCGCACUGACAUGUGCCUCAACAUGAGAGCCAUCCCCGGCCAGUGGCAGGAACGAUGGUUUGUGGUGAAGGACUCGUACGUGGCGUACAUUCGACCGGACGAUGGCAAUGUGUGCCACGUCCAGCUGAUGGAUAAUGAGUUCAGUGUACUUGAUGGAAAAUCACAGACCGGCGUUAAAGGAGGACUGAAAAUUUGCAGCUUAUCAAGGGAGCUGCUGGUGCAGUGUUGGACGAAGCGUAAGAUGAAGGAAUGGUGCGCAGACAUCAAGCAUGCGAUGGAAACAUCCGGCAAGGACUUCAUACAGACUAACAGAUUCGGAUCGUUCGCUCCCGUCAGACCCGAGUCCUGGUGCAGAUGGUUUGUGGACGGAGCAGGCUACUUUGACGCUGUAGCUUCGGCGAUCGCUGAAGCAAAGGAGGAGAUAUUCAUCACAGACUGGUGGCUGAGUCCUGAGAUCUACCUGAAGCGACCGGCUACACAGUGUGGCAGAUGGCGUCUCGAUCUGCUACUAAAACGCAAAGCUGAUGAAGGAGUGGAGCUUGGAGGCAGAGCAGCACGAUGCGACAACUUUCAGAUGCUUUCGUCACAGAGACAGAGAAAAAGAACCAAGGCGGGCACUCGAUGCUUGCACAAAGACAGCCGCAAGAAGCGUUUGCCUGUUCAAGGUCGUUGGAGGCGGACGAUUCCCCGCAUGGAACGUGUGCAACCACCAUCCCUGCCCAAAGCAUUUACAGUGGACAGCAGCGGCAAGAGGCUGUGGGUUGGCAAGGAUUACUCCAACUUCAUCUUCAAGGACAUUACAGAUCUAAAUGUACCAUUCUCAGACCUGAUUGACCGUAAGACGACGCCGCGGAUGCCGUGGCACGACAUCGGGUCCUGUGUUUACGGCGCCCCCGCGCGCGACCUCGCUCGCCACUUCGUACAGCGUUGGAACCAUGCCAAAACGGAAAAGGCAAAGUUUGAGGAACAUUUUCCGCUGCUGUUGCCAAAAUCCUAUGACAACAUCACAGUGCCACCAGAGGUUCAGAACCAAGCUAUCAAGUGUCAAGUGCAGGCUCUGCGCAGUGUGAGUGACUGGUCCAUUGGUAUUGAGAGAACUGAGGAUUCCAUCCACCAGGCUUAUCUGACAGCCAUCAGAGAAGCUAAAUACUUCAUCUACAUAGAGAAUCAGUUCUUCAUCACACAGAUGGACAGCACUGUUGUGAUUAACGGCAUUGCUCAGGCUCUGUUCGAUCGCAUCCGGCAGGCUCACGAGGCAGGCGAGAACUUCAGGGUGUACGUCGUGAUGCCCCUCCUGCCAGGCUUCGAGGGAGAAGUAGGAGCUCCUAGCGGCUACGCGAUUCAGGCUGUCACUCACUGGCAGUACGCCUCCAUCUCGCGCGGCGGCAAUUCUCUGUUAGAAAAACUCGGAGCAGCCGGAAUCCCCGCUCAGAAGUACAUCACCUUCCACGGCAUGCGCACACAUGACGAACUGGAUGACAAACCGGUAUCUGAGCUGAUCUACAUCCACAGCAAGAUGUUGAUCGUAGACGACCGCCUCUGCAUCAUAGGUUCUGCCAACAUCAACGAGCGCAGCAUGCGUGGCAGCAGGGACAGCGAGACAGCGGCCAUCUUUGAAGACACGGAGUUUGUUCCGUGUACGUUCGAUGGCAAGGACGGUCAGAGGGGACUGUUCGUGGGUUCACUCCGCACACAGGUGUUCAGGGAACUGCUUGGCCUCAUGGACGAUGAGAAUGGAAAUCAGAUCGUCGGCGACCCGGUCACGGACGAAUUCUACAAGAACUUGUGGAUCCGCACAACCUCCAUCAACACGGACGUCUAUGACCAGGUAUUCAAUUGCAUCCCGACAGACCUCGUGCGCACGUUUGAGCAGUUGGCCGACUACAAGGAAAAGGCAAAGCGCCACCUGGCAAUCACGGACGUUGAUGCAGCAAGAGAGCAGCUGUUGAGGGUCAAGGGAUAUCUCGUCUUUUUGCCUCUGCAUUUCCUAGCUGACGUGGACAUGAGGCCGCCAGCUACAACGAAAGAGGGGCUCGUGCCAGACAUGCUCUGGACUUAAGUUACGUCAACCACCACCAAAGAAGAGCUAUAGUACAUGCUAUAUGUAUAUGCUAUAGUACAUGCCCUGAGCAUGAGGUUACAUACCACCACCAGGGGAAGCUAUAGCACAUGGCACGCCGUGAGAAUGUCAUGGACAACCACCAGGGGGAGCUAUAGUACAACACAUGAUUUUGACAUAGUCACAUUUCAUCACCAGGGGGAGCUAUAGUACAGCACAUGCCGUGAGCAACACGUGAUGCCACACGUUGCCUGAAUUACACCUCACCUGGCGUCCCAGUGUUGUCCCGGUAUCCAGUACUUCUGGCAAGCCGUCUAUGAGCAAGAUGUAUGAGGCUGUACUGCCAUAGCGGAUACAGGUGAGGAAAAUACACAUGGAGAGAUGUCUGGGUACACAGAAUUACUGUAUCUGAGCUCUGUUCCUUGACAAUUUCUCCAGGUAUUAUCCUAUUUAGAUGUUUAGGUUUCAGAAGUUUGAGUGACCUUUAGUGCCAAGGUGAAUAGUUCCCCCCCCCCCGAGACGAAUUUUAUAUAUACCAGUGUCACUGCCACAUAAAUAUAAUAGAUUUUAUACAAGCGACUAUUGCAUAAGUGCACAUCGGCUGCACUACGGGAUGUAUUCAAUGCCGAUUUUACUCGAAAUAUGGUGAGAGAAUUGAGUAUCAGUUUCCAUGAGGGCAAAUCGUUUGAGAAGCACAAUGUGUGGAAAUGUGUAGGCAAAUGCUAUUAUGUUCUUGUUCAUACGCUUUACGGUAGCAGAUACCUGAUAGCCAGUUACAGUUUAUAUUAUAGUUAUAGAUACUUAUUCUUAAACUUUUGACAUUUUAUCUGCGCGUUAUUAUAUUAUGCACGUGCGUUAGUUUAUUUGAUGCGGGCAGACAUUUUAAUACUUUUAGCGCUUUUAGACAACCCGUGUACAUGUUAUAAUAGCUUACAAGUUAAUGGUGGCAGCUAGGUUAUGACUUAAUUAACAACGAGUGGCUACAUUUGCACGGCACAUAAGUUAUUCACAUUAGUAUUAUAGUUAUUUGAUCACCUAUCAGAUUGUUAUAUACAUACGUUAUAUAUCAUAUGUGUGCGUGUAGUAGAACCGUGAACAUAUCUGUAUAAGCUGCACAGAUGUGUACAUGUAAUACAACAGGUGUGUGCAUGUGCAUCGCUAUCUCCUACAAAUUUUUACAUUGUUAAUUUACGGAUUAUUUACGUCUACGCUGUCGUGACAGAAUAUCAGUCAAUGAAUCACUGACUGCUAAAGCGUUUACAUGCUACCUGUAUAAUGGAAUUAUAGACACUGUGUAGCUAACACGCCCGUGAUCAAGCUCCACCGCCAUGUAGUGGCUAAAUAAUGAAUCGCGUACGAUAUUGAACAACGAAUAUGAGACGCUUAAAUGGAUUGUAAGAGCAAUUACUGGACCUGGGAGUGUAAUGUUAUCUGGUUGUGAUAUAUAAUUAUAAGGUGAACGUUGAUUCCAAACAUACUAGCCGGUUAUUUAUUCACUUGGCAGAUCAGGUCGGCAACACAUUCGCCUCAAUCUCGUAUGCUCUGCUUCCAUUGUAUCAAUGUGCCAUAUGGUUUGGUUAUAUAAUAUGACAGGGAGUGGGCUUGAUAUUGACAACUUCUUACUAAAGAUUUUAUUCACGGGUUGCUGCUUCCAUCAGUAUGGUUACCGGUACGCUACAAUUCCAUAUAUGUGUAUUGUAUUAUUUACAUUAUUCUAAAUGUAUAGAUUACGUCGAUGCAUGUAUUUAUAAAUAAUCACGGCAUGAUUGCACUGUAGCCUUAGUAUUUCUUAUGAAAGAUUUUUACAAGGCAUUACCCUGAAGAAAUGUUUCAAAUGAGAAAAUCGAAUUGUCGUUGUAAACACAAAUAAAAUUACUAUUUUGUAUGGAAAC